CCAGUUGAAAGAACACAGGCUCAGCCCUCCAAAUUUCCAAAUAAAUAUAGAAGCUGAGAACCCGAUUUGAGACGAUUAAUCUUGAGAUUAUCAGAUAUUACCGCGGGUUUUUUUUUCGUGAUAGUGACCUUGAACUUCAACUUCCCGUCCCUAUUGUCUGCACCGUAUCCGAUAUCAAUCCAUACUGUACCGCCCGUAACCGCGCGCCCGACCCCCUCAAUUCGCCCGAUCCGUUUGUCGGAGCACUCACCAUCGACUUAGGUAACAAUAAAGCCAAGCCGUCAGCAACCCGAUUCAUUCCCGGGAUCUUACAACCAUGGCAACAAAUUCACAUCCGUAUCACGUGCGAGUCGGCGUAGCGGUGUUAAUCCGCAACUCGGAGGGGAAGUUCGUCUUCGGGAAGCGGAAGGGUAGCCACGGCGCCGGAACAUGGCAAUUCCCCGGCGGCCACCUAGAGAUGGGCGAAUCAUUCUUCGCAUGUGCGGAGCGGGAGACGCUCGAGGAGACGGGGUUGAAAGUUAUUGCGGAAAAGGUAUUCGCGGUGACGAACGACGUGUUUGACCAAGAGACGAAGCAUUACAUCACGGUAUUCGUCACGUGUCGAAGGGUGAACGAGAAUGAUCAGCCAGAGGUCUUGGAGCCGGAGAAAUGCGAGAGUUGGAAUUGGAUAGGUUGGAACCAGAUACGCCAGUGGUGCGAGCAUCAUGAUGAUGAGGUUACGCCGGAAUGGGCGCAGAAUAAGUGUUUCUUGCCUAUCAGAGAUCUGGUGAAGGAGAAUCCACAUAUAUAGCUAUCCCCUGACAUUUAAUGGAUGGGGCGAUGUGGAUAGAUAAUUAUCCAUGGUUAAUUAAAGGCAUUUGCAUAGGUACCUAAACACUUUUUGCAUCCUUC